AAUAUAAAAGGGGCGGGGCAAGCGAAAGCAGCUUGGGCUGUUGCUAUGGGAACUGUGAUUACAGUAAGCUGAAUACUGGAGGUGACAGGGCUUGAGGGGCUCGUACUGUAGGACAGGUUAUGUGAAAACAGAAAAGUUCAUCUUAAAAAUGAGUGAAAAAAGAGAGGAUACUGAUUACGACUAUGAAGAUGAUUUUGAGAAAGAUCUUGACUGGUUAAUAAAUGAGGAUGCACAGUCCAAUGCAGAUGUACAGAAAGAAAUAAAGCAAGAAGAAAAUGGGGAUGAGCAUUCAGAAAAGGAAAACAUUGCUCCUAUACCAGAGGUGGAUACUGCUAAUCCAAGAUAUGAAUUGACUGCUAAAGAUGAAGGAGAAGCUGAAUAUGAAGCGAAUGACACUGAAGAUGAAGAAGCAAGACGAUACAUUGCAGAGAAGAUUGAAGAGGCCAACAAACUACUAGAGACAGAAAUUAUUGAUGAAAACCGAGAGAGGAAACUUAAAUUUAAAGAUAAUUUGGUAGAUCUGGAAGUUCCCCCAGUGGAAUAUCAUGAGAAUGGAAGAAAUGAAAGUGGUGAUGAAAAUAUUGUUGAUGGUUUGUCACAGCUACAUCUUUCCAAUACUGCAUUGACAAAUGAGCACCGUGAUGACAAUGGUCACGCCAGAGAACAGAAGGAUGGAAAAAUUCUCAUAGAGAAAGAUGGAAAGUUUGAGCUUGUCACUUUAAGCGAUAUUGAAAGUCAGAGUUUUCUUCCACCAAUAAAUAAUUCAUCUAGUGAGAAAGAUAUGCAAAAAUCCCUACUUAAUGCCCAGCAGCCAAGUACACUUGGUAAGGAAGGAACUGUUGGACAGAAGGGAAUUGAUGGUUAUAAUGAUGUUUACCUACCUCAGCCACCUUCUACACCAAAGGCUCGCCCAAGUUCUGCUGCUCAUUUAAUGAAGUUCAGCCACAGAAUGAAUUCUCCCCGUAGAGUGCAAUCUGCAGGACUACCAAGUAGGAACACAACAUUUUGCCUUUCACCUGAGCAAAAAGAGCUUCAAAAAAGGACCCAUGAAAGGCAGAUGAAGCAGAAAAAAGAGGAAGAAGAGCAUAAGAAGGAAGAAGAAGAACAAAAAAGGAAAGAAAAUGAAAUUGCCUUCAAAGUCUGGAUACACAAAAAAAAAGACCAAUUUGCAGAGGAAAGGAGAAUUCAGCAGGCCAAGCUGUUGGAAGUCAUGUCUGUCACAGAAGAAGAAAGAGAUCCACAGAAGGCCUUUAACCUCUGGCUCAAGAGAAAGCAUAAAGAAAGGCUGAGAGAACAAAAGAUAGAUGACCUGAAAAAACAAGAAGCUAUUGCCUACCUACAGGAAAGAGGAGAGGGUGAAAAAGCGUUCAAAAGGUGGUUAAAAGAGAAGAGAAUACAAAAACGAACAGAACAGCAAGCAGCACUGGAAAGAUCAAGAAGACUUUUACUGGACGCCAGAAGAAAAAAGCAAAUACAGACAUUGCUGUACAGCAUAUCCGACUCUAGAUCAUUUCGUUAUGUGGAUAAUUACACAUAAAUCUUCUCUCAGCAUUCUUGAUAAAAGUGCUCAAUGUGCUGUUUACAAGAUGGAAAUCAUUUCCCUUUGUUAUUCAUGUUGCGUGGUAUUAUGUGUUACGGAUACUUGCCAUAUAUACAGUAUAUAUAUAUAUAUAUUUUGGGGUUUCAAAUCUAAGACUCUGGGCCAGAUUUAAUUCUUGUUUUCCACCCAUUUGUUUUGAUUAUCCAUCUGGCUAUAAAAUCUGUGUUUAACUAUAAAUCAAAUUAGAAGCCUGUAUAGGGCAUACAAAAUUAUUGGGUGCAAAAAAUUCUAUUUUUAUAAGCCUGUUUUGGGGCAUCCAAAAUCAUCAGGUUCAAAAAAUAGUCAUGAGUCAUAUUUUUAUAUGUGAAAAUAAGGACAUGAAUAAAAAGUAUGGGGAGAAAUUAUAGGGAGAAGGGACACAAUUUUAAAUCCAUCUGACUGGAUAUAAAUGGAUAGCCAAAUAACAUUGAUCCACUGGUUUGGCUGAUGGCUCAAGCAAUGGGAUUCGAACAGAAAUUAGAUUUAGAUAAAAUGGCAGGACAGUCCUUUGAGACGUUUAAUGCAGAGUAGUUCGCUGUCUAGUGUAGUCUCUAGAGUGGGGGUCCCCAACCUUUUUUAUCCCUAAGCCACAUUCAAACAUAAAAAGAGAGAGUUAGGGAGCAACACAAGCAUCCUAAAUGUUCAUGGGGGUACCAAAUAAGGGCUAUUUGGUAGCCCCUAUGCUGUCUGGUAGCCUACAGGAGGUUCUGUUUGGCAUUACAAGGUUUUCAUGCAACUAAAACUUCAGCCAGGAAUUAAAAAAUAAGCACCACUGAGAUUAACAUCCAAGGAGUUUGUGAGCAGCAUGUUGCCCAGGGGCCACUGGCUGGGGAUCACUGCACUAGACCAUUCACUGGCCAACCCUUCAGUGUAUACGAUCAACUUUUCUACAGGCUGAAUAGAUGGAUACUAUACCACUGACCUGGCAGGUACUAAAGAGGCCUUGUUACUCCUUUCAAUGGAUGCCCUAAAACUGUUCCUGGGUCUGUCAGGAAGUUAUAAGGAGCUGUGACUCCUCACACGUCCUCUUGUGCCAGUGCAUCAUACAUCUGCUGAAAUGGUACAUUAAAAGUUAACAUUUUCAGGAACAAUAUUUCUUUGCUGCCCUUUUGCAGAUCGGUCUACAAAAUUUCUGAGACAGAUAGGAGCUGUAAAAGAGGGGCCAGGUUGAAAUCAUAUUAGCCUAAAACUGCACUACUCAUACAUGCUCCUCUCUCAACUGCAUUUGUUUUUAAAUCUGGUUGUUUACUGAAAAAUUCAAUAAAGUUUUCUUCAAAAUAAA